ACCGGGAGAGGCAGAGCAGCAGACCGCUUUCAAUUUUCUUCAGUACGUGUCAGUCACCUAAGAGGGAAAGGCCACCAAUAUGAUGCGCUCCACCAAACUCCUCUUCUCCCUUCCCAAGUCAGGACUGGUGAAGGAAUAUGCACCAGCACUCACCAGGUUGCAGUCCACCUCAGCCCAGCCUGCAGCAGCGGCGAGUUCGAAGAGGAAGGAACGCACGAUGAACAAGACAGUAAAACCCAGCAAGUCCUUUGUGAUGAACAUGUUCCGAGGGGCCACCAUGACGGAGCAGGUGAUUCCUUACCCCAACGUGAUGACAGAGGAGCAGAUGGAGACCCUGGAGAUGCUGGUGGACCCUACCGAGAAGUUCUUCCAGGAAUGUAACGACGCCUCAAAGAACGAUUCGAUGGAAAGAGUGGAUGAUGACACACUGCAGGGCCUGAGGGAGAUGGGUGCCUUUGGUCUACAGGUCCCGGCAGAGCUUGGUGGUGUGGGGCUGAACAACACACAGUACGCCCGCCUGGUGGAGAUUGUGGGCUCUCAUGACCUUGGCGUCGGCAUCACCCUCGGCGCCCAUCAGUCCAUUGGCUUCAAGGGUAUUCUCAUCGCCGGGAACCCUGAGCAGAAGGAAAAGUACCUCCCCAGGGUGGCGUCAGGGGAGGAUUUCGCCGCCUUUGCCCUCACAGAACCCAGCAGUGGAUCAGAUGCCGGCUCAAUCCGCAGCCGUGCCGUGCCCUCGGGCGGCUCACACUACGUCCUCAAUGGCUCAAAGAUCUGGAUCAGCAAUGGUGGUUUGGCGGAAGUGUUCACAGUGUUCGCCCAGACUCCAGUCACCGACCCCAAGACAGGAACCACCAGGGACAAGGUGACGGCAUUCAUUGUGGAGCGUUCAUUUGGAGGAGUGUCCCAUGGUCCUCCAGAGAAGAAAAUGGGCAUCAAGGCUUCCAAUACUGCCGAGGUUUACUUUGAGGACACCAAGAUCCCUGCCGAGAAUGUCCUUGGUGGUGUUGGCAAUGGAUUCAAGGUUGCCAUGGAGAUUCUGAACAACGGCAGGUUUGGCAUGGCAGCAGCUCUCUCCGGCACCAUGCGUUACUCUAUUAAGAAAGCCGUCGACUUUGCCACCGCCCGCACACAGUUUGGCCGUCGCAUUGACUCCUAUGGCACUAUUCAGGAGAAGCUGGCACGCAUGGCAAUGUUACACUACGUCACUGAGUCAAUGGCUUACAUGAUCUCCUCCAACAUGGAUGCCGGCUCUAAGGACUACCAUUUGGAGGCAGCCAUUAGCAAGUGCUUUGCAUCUGAGGCGGCGUGGACAGUGACCGACGAGGCGAUCCAGGUGAUGGGAGGGAUGGGCUUCAUGAAGGACACUGGGCUGGAGAGAGUCAUGAGGGAUCUGAGAAUCUUCCGCAUCUUUGAAGGAACCAAUGACAUCCUUCGCCUCUUUGUUGCUCUCACUGGGCUUCAGUUUGCUGGCGGUCACCUGAAGGAGUUGCAGCAGGCACUGAAGAACCCUGCUGCCAACAUGGGCCUCAUUGUGGACGAGGGUGCCAAAAGAGCAAAGAGGGCCAUUGGCUUCACUGACACUGGCAAGAUUGAAGGCGUCCACCCCAACCUGAAGGACUCCAGCCUGCUCUUGGGAAGGGCAGUGGCAGCAUUUGGGGCCAGUGCCGAAGGUCUCUUAAUGAAGCACGGCAAGCAGAUAGUGGAGCAGCAAUUCCUCCUGAACCGCCUGGCCAACGCUGCCAUGGACCUGUACAGCAGCAUGGUGGUGCUCUCCAGGGCCUCCCGCUCCCUCUCCACCAACCUGCCAUCCUGCACACAUGAGGAGAAGAUUGCAAGGGUGUGGGUCAAUGAGGCAUCAGACCGCAUCCAGCUCAACCUGACAGCCAUGCGUUCUGCCACCUCCAUCAGCAACUUUGACGACUUGGCUUCCAUCUCGAAGGAUUUGUGUGAGAAUGGCGAUAUCGUUGCACAAAGGCCACUUGGGAUUUAGUCACCUAAUUACCUCUUGUCUGGGAAUUAGUCAGCUUAUCUCAUGUCUUCCUUUGUUCCUUCCUCUUCUUUUCCAGGGUUUCUGCUCCUUUCUCUACAUUAUUUCCCUCUUUAUCUUCUUCAUUGCUUCAUCAGUUUUGUUUCUUCCUGUUUUGAUUGUUUCUUAGGUUUCUGCUCCUCCAUCUUCUCCAUUUAUCUCUCUCUUUGUCUUCUUUAGUGCUUCCAUCACCUUUGUUCUUCUCCAUCUCUCUCUCUUUCUCUGUCUCUCUCUCACCUUUUCUGGGUAAUAAUUGUAGUGGUUAAGUAAUGAAACUAUACAAAUUAUGAACUUGCUUUUGAGAGUGAAGUUUUAUCCUCUCUCUCUCUCUCUCUCUCUCUCUCUCUCUCUCUCUCUCUCUCUCUCUCUCUCUCUCUCUCUCUCUCUCUGUCUCUGUUUCUCUCCAGGUCUCCAUCCCUUUUGUAAUGGCUAAAGACACCUUUUUCUAAUAGUCCAUCACAGUGUACCUUUAGACUCAACACACUUGUACAUACUCUGCCUCAAUUAUAGUAAUAAAAAAACAGGUACAACUUGAUUAAUAUAUAUUUUGUACAGUUUACAUAGUCAAGGUUAUUUAUUUUUCACCAUUGAUCCUGUUGAGACUCUUCAUUUACUCUAUUUUUUGGGUCCAGUUACCUGAGAGUUACCUCAUUCAUACACUACACAGCUUAAUUCCCCACCGACGCUGAGAUGAUCUUGGUCUAUCCUGAAUGUUGAUAGUAACUUUAUUUUCUCACUGUGACAAGCAACACCAUAGCACUAGCACCCAUAUUCAACCUUUUCCCUCUCACUAUGGCAAUUUUCCCAGGCCACAGAGACAACUAACUUGGUUUUCAAGGCAGUUUUUCCCUUUUAUAAACUAGAAAGCUUGCCAAUCUAUCAUGAGAACCAUAAAAAUACUCUUAAAAACAUGAGUAUCUUCAAUUAUAGGUACUGGAAGCAAUGGAAUCUUGAUAAACGACAAGAAAAAGAGAUAUUAAAUAAAAUCAGUAAUUUUUAGUGAGUUUAAUGCUAAGAUAUUGCUGAGGAAGGAGAAAAAAGACCUUAGUGGUUCUACAUAUAUUAGGGAAAAUCAGUGAAGAAAAAGCUAUGGAAACUUAAUAAACCACAAGGAAAAGAAAUAUUAAAUGGAAUCAGCAAUUUUUAGCCAGUUUGAUGCUAAGAUAUUUUGAGGAGGGAAGAAAAAAGACAUAGUGUUUAGUUAUUAGGGAAAAUCAAUUAAGAAGCAAUGGAAUCUUGAUAAACCACAAAGAAAAUAGAAAUGAAGGGUUUUCAGCAAUUUUUAGCUAGUUUAAUGCUUAGACUUUGCUGAGUAGGGAUAAAAUAGACCUUAGUUAAUUAAGUUAUAAGAGGAAAUCAACUCAAGGGAAAGUGUUAGUGGCAGUAAGGCUGUUUCUCUUACCUCAGUGUUCAGUAUUGAAUUAAAUGCCAAUACUCAAACUGUAAGGAAUUUUGAUGCUCUAGGAAUGUCUCGGCUAUUUUGCAUUUCUAUUUUGUCUCAUUUUAAUUCAUUGUUUGUAUAUCAUUGAAAUACCUGGACUGUUUCUCAUCUUUUCCUCAUUUUUACUCAUUUUCCUGUGUCUUACUUCUUUGGGGGAUGUAAAUCAGGUGGUAUACACACACACACGCACACACACACACACACACACACACACACACACACACACACACACACACACACACACACACACACACACACACACACACACACACACACACACACACACACACACACUGCAUGUUCUGUAUCCUUAAGCACACUCAACAUUUUGCCAUAACAAUGCAAUUCUCCUUAACAGUGCAAGAUAUGACUAGUGGAUAACCUUUAGCAGUAUGUUAUGUUAAGCCCUUCAGUAUUGGGAUGCAUUUUUACCUUGAGUUUUGGGUAUAAUAGAUGAUUUUAGGAUCAUUAAGAAGGCUCUAUGGAGAUCAGAAGAUUAAUGGCCACAGUCUUCACUAUUCUAUUCCCCCAGACAAGUUUCUAAACAUGUAAAUUAUCAAAUAGUAAGCAGAAUGAAUGUUGAAAUGUGAGUUUUGGAUGUGAUUAGAUAAUUUUAUUGACAUUAGGAAAGGUCUUUGAAGGUCAGAAGAUUAAUGGCCAGAGUCUUCACUGUUCCAUUCCCCUCAGAGUUUCUAAAGCUGUAUAAAAUCACUAAAUAACCAGAAUGAAUAUUGAAGUGUGAGUGUUGGGUGUGAUUAGACCAUUUUAUUCACACUAGGAAAGUUGUAUGGAGGUCAGAAGAUUAAUGGCCAAAGUCUUCACUGUUAUAUUCCCCCCACACAAGUUUCUGAAGCUGUAAAUCACCAAAUAGUAAACAGAAAAGUGGAAACGUGUCCUGGUACUGAAGGGGUUAAGUAAAUUUUGACUAUAGUGUAGUGGGAUGGGGCCAAGUGUAUUUUUAAUAAUAAUAAUGAUAAACAUGU